AAAAUUAGUGCUUUAGGUCUGCUAUGAAAUUGUGUAUAAAUAUAGCUAAGAGUUAAGACAUAUGAGACCCAAGCAUACACAGAUAUGGAGAGCUUCUUUAGCUUCUUGUCUCUGAAAGCUGCAUUCUUGUUGAUUUUCUUAGUGAAUUUCUCAGUAGGUCAUAAACAUUACAGGAAUAAGGAGGGAGGUGAUGGAGUGCAACCACUUUCCAAGAUUUUAAUCCACAAAACCGUCCAUGCGAUUCACGAAAAGGCUUCUGUUCAUGUGUACCCUGUAGUUCUUGGCACCACGGGGAAGGAUUAUGAAUGGGUAACUGUGAAUGUUGUUAGUCCUAAUCCUUCUGCUAAUGACUGGUUGGGAGUCUUUUCUCCAGCAAAAUUCAAUGCAUCAACUUGUCCAUUCACAGAAGAUUACUAUGAGCCAUAUCUAUGCACAGCUCCUAUCAAGUACAAGUAUGCAACAGACUCCAAUCCGAAUUAUACAACGACUGGCAAAUCUUCUUUGAAGUUUCAGCUUAUAAAUCAGCGGGCAGAUUUCUCAUUUGCAUUAUUUUCAGGCGGGUUGUCGAAUCCAAACCUGGUGGCAGUUUCAAACUCCAUAACAUUUGCCAAUCCAAAAGCACCUGUGUUUCCACGCCUUGCUCAAGGGAAGUCUUGGAAUGAAAUGACAGUAACUUGGACAAGUGGCUACGACAUCAAUGAAGCUGUUCCAUUUGUUGAAUGGGGUAUAGAGGGGCAAGCUCGAAUGCGAUCCGGAGCUGGAACAUUGACAUUUGAUCGGAGCAUGAUGUGUGGUGCACCUGCAAAGACAGUUGGGUGGCGUGAUCCUGGCUUCAUACACACAAGUUUCCUGAAGGAUUUGUGGCCAAACAUCGAGUAUUUUUACAAGUUGGGACAUCGUUUAUCCAAUGGGACAAUUAUCUGGAGCAAGAAGUACAAAUUCAGAUCAUCUCCAUAUCCUGGACAGGACUCCUUACAGCGUGUCAUAAUGUUCGGUGACAUGGGCAAGGGAGAGCGUGACGGUUCAAAUGAGUACAGUAAUUACCAGCCUGGUGCACUGAAGACUACCGAUCAAAUCAUCAGCGAUUUGGAGAAUAUCGACAUUGUUUUUCAUAUUGGAGAUCUAACGUACGCAAAUGGGUACAUCUCACAAUGGGAUCAGUUCACGGCACAGGUGGAACCGAUUGCAUCAACUGUGCCAUACAUGGUUGGCAGUGGUAAUCAUGAACGAGAUUGGCCUGAUUCGGGGUCCUUUUACGACAAAAUGGAUUCUGGUGGAGAAUGUGGCGUGUUGGCUGAGACUAUGUUCUAUGUUCCAGCCGAGAACCGAGCAAAGUUCUGGUACAAAACCGACUAUGGCAUGUUUCGCUUCUGCAUAGCUGACACUGAGCACGACUGGAGAGAGGGAUCGGAGCAGUACAAGUUCAUCGAGAAUUGCCUUGCAACUGUCGAUAGACAAAAACAGCCUUGGUUGAUCUUUGCCGCCCAUCGCAUGCUUGGCUAUUCCUCUAACUAUUAUUAUGGGCAGGAGGGCUCGUUUGAAGAGCCUAUGGGAAGGGAAAGCUUGCAGAAACUUUGGCAGAAGUACAAGGUUGACAUUGCCUUUUACGGCCAUGUCCAUCACUAUGAAAGAUCAUGCCCCGUCUACCAGAGCCAAUGCGUAACUUCAGAACAAUCACAUUACUCCGGCGCUGUGAAAGGAACAAUACAUGUUGUCGUCGGUGGCGCAGGAAGCCACUUAUCUGAUUUCAGCCAAGUGCAACCUAACUGGAGUAUUUUCAGAGACCACGACUUCGGAUAUGUCAAGAUGACGGCAUUCAAUCACACGUCGCUCCUGUUCGAGUACAAGAAAAGCAACGACGGCAAAGUCUACGAUUCCUUCACCAUAUCAAGGGAGUACACAGACGUAUUGGCCUGCGUACAUGACAGUUGCGAAGCAACUACCGCUGCGUCGUAGAAUACUUAGAACCCU